GGGAAGGGGGGCUGACCAGAACCUUCUAAAACAAAGACCCUUGCCUAUUGUCUCAGGCAUUCACCUUCAAUGCCCCCUCUCUGCAAAGAGAGCUUUCAUACUGUUCUUACUUUCUAAGCUUAUACUCUACUAAACUUUGCCUGCUGCUCAUUUUGUGCCCACCUCUUCAUUCUUCAAAGCAGUGAGACAACGAGCCCUGGGUAUUGAGGUAAAGAAUCCUGCAACAUUACUUUGGGGGCUCAUCUGGGAUAUCAACGUCUUCUAACUAACCAGUGUGGAAGGGGCCACAUAUGGUAAUCUUGGCAACUCCUACUGCUAUCCUGGAUUCUUCACUCUGGAGUUAAGCUGUGGUUUCUUCCAUCAGAACAGGACAACACAGAGCCCGAGUAGACUUGUGAAGCAGGAGAAAGCCUUAUAUUGAUCUUCAAAAAAAAGGACACCACAGAAUGAAGAUAAGUAAUGCAAUAUAUUGGAAAAUAAUAAUAAUAUGCCUAUGGGGUUCAGAAACACAUCCUGUUUGUAUUCCACCAACCCCACCACUAUUAGGGUUGAACGACGGGACCCCUUUGGUUGAGGCAGCUAACCUAACUUUUAUAGAGGGAGACCGUGUUUUAAAAUAUGACUUGGAAUAUGGCAAUUUUACAAUUUGGCAUUGGGAUAAUAGCCAUACCCUUAAUUUACCUAAGGGCCAACCUUUUUCAGGUUACUUAUUUAUAAAAUUAAACCAAAGUCAUAAAUAUUGGGCUGAAAUUUUGCCCAAUAAUGAAACUGGAAGGGAAUUAUAUAACUCAAAUAAAAAGAUACAUUGUAUUGCCAUAGAUAUAGAUGAUAAAGAAAUUAAAAAGGUCCCAGGUUAUGAAGACCGAGAUAUUGCGGCUGGAUGUGUGACAUGCCAUAGUACUGCUUGUCCCAAUAGUCUCCUGCCCUGCCAAUGCGGCUGGAAGGCUAAUAACACAUUAUUCUUAAAGGUCCAAUGGUGGACCCAAGUGCCCACGGAAAACAUCACAGUUAGACCCGGAAGGCUUUGGGAACCUUUGUGGCAAACCCAAACCACCGCCUACCUGGGAGUCUCCUGGAUUUUGUUAAGUCUAACUUGGGACACCCAGAGGUUUUGGGUUGAUACUUACUAUCCCAAUUGUUCCCACUCCUUAGAUUUACAACGGAAACAACACCUAUGGUGGAUACAACAAUACUGGCCAGAAAACAAAAAGAUAAUGAAAAAAGACCUUAUAGGAGGGCUAGGAACAGGAUUACGUAUAUUGGGGCAGGCGGAAUUUGCUGCCAGUGAAGAACAACACAAUUUAGAAAAGGAUUCCUUAUCAAAAAUAGGGCAUGUUGAAGGAACUUUGUUUCAAGAAGAAGGUAAAGGAUGGGAAGUUCUUUUAAAAGAAAAUGAGGCCAUAGUAAGGUGGAUAAGUAAGACCAGAGAAACCCUACAAAGACAUUUCCAAACUCAAACCUGGGAAAGGGCAUGUGUUCUAACCCAGAAAGGAUUGCUCACCAUGUUAAAGCAGAUGGAAUCUGAGGUGGCUAUGAGACGAUGGCCUACUCUAAUGAAUGCUGAAGUGGAAACUCAAAAAUUAUGGCCUAUGUAUGGAAGCCCCAAGUUAUGGAAGAUUAUUAAUGGGAGUUGUAACUUGAGGCGUUGCUUUUUAAAGGCACAUGUGCCCCGGAUGGACCAUGCUAAUUCAUAUCCAACAGUUCAGCUUGCAGGCAUAGGGACUAUAUUAAAUCAGACAAGGAUUUUGCCAGUGGGGAGUCAAUGGGCUGUAAUGCCAAAUGAGUCAGCUUGGGCUGCCAUAUCGCUUUCAAACUGUGAAGAGAGAAAUAAAAUCUGGCUGUGCCCUCAACAAAAAUGGAACCCUGAUUUCACUCAGGUCUGGCCCCUCGUCUCUACCCCAAUAACCAAUAGCAUUUGGUACAUGGGUAGAGGGAAGUUUUGCUGGGAAGGUAAACAAGGGGAAAUAGCUGACACAGAGAGCUUUACUUGUGAGCAUAUGUAUCAUGUACUAAAUCAUACUGGAGUAUGGUGCAACACUGGAACCGUUGGUCGAAUACAUUUACAAAAGAGUAACAAGACUUACAGUAAUCUGGAUAUCAAAGAUCAAUCUUUCCUUGAAAUAGAAUUAAAUAUGCCUCAUGGAGUUGUUCCUAUGGAAACUGGAUGGCCAAAGGAGGAAUUGAGGAUUGAGGGCCAUGAACUAAUUCAGGUGCUUAAUUAUUCUAAUCAACAAUAUCACAAGAUCGAAACAAAUAUGGAAGAGGGAGGAAAAACUAUUGUUAAAUUCAUAAAACAAUAUGACCAGACAUGCCAGAGAUAUUUUGGGUGGCUACAAUGCAUCUUUCUUUCCUAUGGUGUGGCUUCUUCCCUGGGAGGCAUUGCAUUUGGAAUAUUGAUGCUUGUUGGUCUGAUAGUCUUUUUAUAUGUCAUUUGUAGAUGCUGUCGCAUAUGCCAGAAAAAUAAGACAUCCAAGAAAUUUUGCUAGCCCAGAGGUUCCAAACACCCUUCCAUUAUUUUAGACAUCUGGAUCGACCUCUGAACCUGUCCUGACUGCCCUUCCCCUGUCAUCGCCCCCCUUCAGCAGGAAGCAGUUAAGAUUGGUCGUCGUCCCAGUUCCUAAUGGCAGUUAGGAGUCACGUGUUCAGAGGGGGAAUAUGAUAGGGAAAAGAUAGGUUAAAAUAGGCAGAGAGGGAAAAGUUAGAACCUGAGGCCCCUGGGUGGGAAAAAUACAUAUUUUGUAACAAUGCUGGGAGCUCUGACCACAGCAAAUCCUCUCAGGCAUAGGGCUCCUCUUAAGAAUGUAAAACACCACCUACUCCCCUCAGGUUCCUCUCAGGAAUUUGACCAUCAAAAUACCUAACUAAAAUAAGUAAACCAUAAAACUUACAUCAUAUGAGGGACAAUGUGACCAUAGUCUGACUCCUCACACAAUGGAGUGGAGCCAAUCAGGAACAGACAACCCAGCACCUAGAGUUAUCCGGCCAGUAAGGCUACAACUUGAGAAGGAACAAAGCGGGUCGAGCAGAACUUUAUCAAACAAAGACCCUUACCUAUUGUCUCAGGCAUUCACCUUCGAAUGCCCCCUCUCAGCAAAGAGGGCUUUCAUACUGAUGAGGGAGCACAAGGCAAGCUGAGGGCCAGGCCCAAGCUGGCACACCCCCCACUCAAGGUGGGAUGUGUGCUAUUCCUCAGGCACUCCUGGCUGCCCAAGAACAAAGGAAAGGACAGAAAACAAGUGAUUAAACUGAUAGAGUCUCCAUCAGUUUACAAAUAUCUUAGUACAAUUACAAGAAAAAGACAAUCUUAUCAAUAGCCUGAUGUCCAGGAACUCCCUACUGUCUUAAUGUUAAUGCUUUGCCAGACGGGAAUAACAACCUUAGCUUGACAAUAGCUAGGCCUCCAGUAAUCUGUGAGUCUUUAGCAUAUAGAAAUUCCUUUAAGAAACUUCCUCUUGACUUUACCUCCCCCAACUCCAUAGUAUAAAACCAGUCACUCUUCACAACCCUAAUGCAGCUCUUUCUGCCCACCGGUCCUGUCCCCAUGCUUUAAUAAAGUCACCUUUUGUGCACCAAA